AUGGAGGUUCUACAGCAACCCGACAAUGCCGCCGUUGGUAAUGAACAACGCAAAGGCAAAGGCAACAUCUACUUGAUCUACAUGGCCUCUUUCAUUCUCACGGUUAACUCUGCAACUCAGGGCUAUGAUUCGUCCAUGAUGAACGGUCUCCAAAUCUUGCCUUCGUAUGUCGAUUAUUUUCAGUUGACCACAUCAACCUCCGCGCUCAAUGUGGCUAUUGUAUUUGUGGGAUCUAUCGUUGCGAUGCCCUUUGCUGGACCUCUUUCCGAUAAAUGGGGUCGAAAAUGGGGAAUCGCCAUCGCUUCCAUCAUCGCCAUUGUUGGUGCCGUCAUUCAGAGUGCAGCAGUCCACGUCGCCAUGUUUUGCAUUGGGAGAAUGAUCAUUGGCUUUUUCUCUCACCGUUGGCUCUGUUGCUGCCCCGACUUACAUUUCCGAGGUCGCGCCCCCCCAGCACCGUGUUACGAUGACUGGGCUUUUGGCACCUCUUGGUACGUGGGAAGCCUUGUUGCCGCCGGUGUUACGUACGGCAGCCAAUAUAUCGAGAGCACAUGGUCCUGGCGUCUUCCCUCUCUUCUGCAACUCUUACAUUCGGUUCUAUGCUUAGCUCCUCUACCUUUUAUCCCAGAGAGUCCUCGAUGGCUCAUCUACAAGAACCGACAAAUUGCUAUAGAAUACCAAGAGAUCUGUCAGACUCUGGAGCAUGAGAAGUCUGUGCAGAAGACUAGCUUCAAAACAUUGUUCUCCACUCGACCUAAUCUCUUUAGCCAGGUCAGCGGUAACAACAUCACCACUUAUUACUUGGGCGAUGUCCUUACAUCGGCGGGCAUUACAGAAGUUCAGACACAGCUGGGCAUCAAUCUUGGGUUGAGUGGCUUCAAUCUCGUUUGCGCAACAGCGGGUUCCUGGUUGACGGAAAGGAUUGGCCGGAGACCUGGAUUUCUAUGCUCUACGGGCAUUAUGUCGGUGGUACUCAUCAUCGUCAGCGUCCUGACAAAAUUAUACGGUGACAGCCCAGACACAGCCGUUUCCGCAGCCCAGGUCACCCUCAUCUUUAUCUUCUACGGAUCCUACUCGUUUGUGUGGACGCCUCUGACAAUCAUCUACACGGCCGAGGUCCUCUCGUACUCCAUGCGCGCCAACGGUUUGGCAUUCUACAAUGGGCUUUGCUAUGGCACCGGGGCGUUCAACACGUACACCAUUCCGUACGCUAUGCAGUGGUCUAGUUGGGGUUUCUAUAUGAUUACCGCGCUAUGGUGCUUCUUUGUAGAGCUGCCCAUCAUACAUACCUACUUCCCAGCAACAGAAAGGAAGAGUCUCGAGGAGAUCGACGUAGUUUAG